UAUGCGAUGGCUAUGCGAAGCUAAUGGCUGGCGGUUCUGAUUUUGGUUAUAUUACGAAUCUGUUUAUCCUAUGAAUAAAUAAGAGAUCAAGAUGGGAUCCCGACAAAUUACUGAGAAGUCGCUGUCUAUGUUGAGAUCUUUGCCAAGGAUAUCACUUGCUAAUAUUCGUGAUAAUCCCAAUUCAAAAAAAAAUCCAAAAAGAGGCCGAGGUCAACACGGAGGCGACAAGCAUGGCUGUGGUAAUAAAGGUUCAGGUCAAAGGCAAAAUUUUAUGAGACUAGGUUAUGAAACUGGAAAUAACCCCUUUUAUUUGCGAGUUCCCCAAGAACAUUAUUACAGAGGCCACCACUUGAGACGAGAAUACCCACCAAUGACAUUACAAGAACUUCAGAUGAUCAUUGAUAAAGAUUGUGUGGAUAUUACCAAGCCUAUAGACAUAGCAAGUAUUAUUAGGUCAGGUAAAUACAAUUUUUUCCCUGACCUAAAACAGUUUGGCAUUAAUCUCACAGAUGAAGGAGCUGAUAUCUUUGCAGCUAAAAUAAAUAUUGAAGUACAGUGGGCAAGUGAACAAGUAAUUGCUGCUAUUGAGAGAAAUGGUGGAGUGAUAACAACUGCUUACUACGAUCCGCAUAGUUUGAUGUUACUGAAGAAUCCUAAAAAGUUUUUUGAGUCUGGUCAAGCCAUUCCAAGGAGAAUGAUUCCGCCACCAGAUGCUAUUGAAUACUAUACCAGUGCUCAGACACGAGGGUAUUUAGCUGAUCCAGAAGAAAUUUCUAAGGAAAGACUCAAAUUGGCUCAGAAAUAUGGCUAUAGUCUCCCUAACAUAGAAAAUGAACCGAACUACCAAAUGUUGAAUGAAAGGAAAGAUCCUAGACAAAUAUUUUAUGGACUGGAACCGGGAUGGGUGGUAAAUUUGAAAGAUAAAUGUAUUCUUAAACCGAAAGAUAAACAACUGUUAGAAUUUUACAGUACAUAAUUAUAUUAAGCUUUAAUCACUCAUAAUUAAAAUAUGUUCUUAGAUUUGAAAUAAAAUAUGAUUUAAGUCA